AUGCCAGUGAUUCUACCGGACAUGUUUGUCUCGUUUCUUGCGUCCCCUCCUGAGAUCAACCCUCACUACGACACAAUACGAACACAGUCCGAGACAUGGCUAUCAAGAGAGUGCAGCUUUAGCCCUAAGUUCCAGCACACUCUUCACCAACUUGACUUUUCGUAUUUCUGCUCGGUGGUGAUCCCCUUGGCUAGCUUUACGAAACUGCGACCGCUCUGUGACUGGGGGAAUUGGGUAUUCCCCUUUGACGAUGCUUUUGACAAUGGGCCACUGCAACGUGACCCUGCCGGAGCACAGGAAAUGGUGGAUGCUUGUCUUUCAAUCAUUGACGGUCGAAACGCGGCGCCUGAGCAGCCGAUUCUCCAUGCCUUCAAGUCCAUAUGGGACCGCCUAUCGCAGCAGGCUCCUCACGGUACUCAGAAACGAUUCGUCAAAUACAUGACCACGUUCUGCGAGUCCAAUAUCGACCAGGUUACUCUCCACUCGGCCAGCAAAAUCCCCACCAUCGACAGGCUCAUCGAGCUACGACGUGGUUCAAUUGGGGCGACGCCUAUAUUUGCCUUGGUGGAAUACGCAUACGAUCUAGAACUCCCAGACUCGGUGAUGCAACACCCAAUCAUCGAGAAGCUCGGCGAGAUCAUCACGGACAUUGUUCUCAUACAAAAUGACAUCGUAUCCUACUUCAAAGAGCAGGAUCUCGGAGAGAACCACAAUCUCGUGAUGGUCUACCUCCUCAAGGUGGGGGAUAUCACAACUGCAUUCGACGAAUGUGCCAGUUUACUUCAUUCUCGGUAUCGGGAGUGGUAUUCAGUUUUAGCACAGGUUCCAUUCUGGAACGAGCAGAUUGACAGCCAAGUGCAGCAGUACAUUUCAGGGAUCCGGAAUGUGGCCGCGGCAAACUUGAAUUGGAGCUUUCGGACUGAUCGAUAUUGGUACGGCCACAACACACGCGUUCGACAGACCCGAGAUGUUAGUAUGCUGGUGAAAGAGGAAAGGAGCGCAAUAUAA